AGUAAUAAAGAACUUUACAAGUUUGCAUGUAAAGCCUUUUUUUUCUUUUCUUCCGAAGAGAUCAUUAAUCAUUAGCUUGUGUGUGUGCGUGUGUGUGUGCGUGUGUGCGAAUACUACUGAUUAAAAAGGAAGAAGAACUAGCAAUGGCGUCUCGAUUCUCCCCGCAGCCGUACACGAUGACCGCCAACGCGCCGGCGUGGAACCCGGAGAGUAGGCUGCCGUCCCUUAGCAAGUCUCCGAUGAUCCGCGAUGUGUGGGCGGACAACCUGGAGGAGGAGUUUGUGAUGAUUCGCUCGCUCCUCAAGGAUUACCCCUUUGUCUCGAUGGACACGGAGUUCCCUGGCGUGGUGGCGAAGCCGGUCGGCAGCUUCAAGACGACGCACGAGUUCUAUUAUCAGACGCUGCGCUGCAACGUCAACUUGCUCAAGAUUAUCCAAUUAGGUAUCACUCUCCUCAACGAGCGGGGCGAGGUGCCGGAGCAUUGUUCGACCUGGCAGUUUAACUUCCGCUUCAGCCUCAACGAGGACGUGUACGCGCAGGACAGCAUCGAGCUGCUGCGCUACGGCGGCAUCAACUUCGACUACUUCAACGACUACGGCAUUGAGGUGACGCACUUUGCGGAGCUGCUCAUCUCCAGCGGCCUGGUGCUGAACCCAAAUGUACGCUGGUUGGCCUUCCACGCCGGCUACGACUUUGGCUACCUGACGAAGGUAGUGUGCAACAAAGACCUGCCGGAGAAAGAAGAGGAGUUCCUGCAGACCUUCCACGCCCUGUUCCCUAGCAUGUUUGACUUGAAGUACCUCCUUCGCUUCACGGAUGUGUCGCACUCGUUUGGACUAGACUUCUUAGCGGAGAGUCUGAAGCUGCGGCGCUUCGGCACGGCGCACCAGGCUGGCAGCGAUUCCCUGUUGACCGGCCACUGCUACUUCAAGCUGUUGCGAGACAGCUUCAACAGUGCCGCCCCGGUGGAUAAGAACGGUGUGUUGUACGGUCUGAGCGAGGAUGCGGCCUCGUCGGCCACACCGAGCAGCGCGCAGGCGGUGACGCAGGUGAAUAGCGGCUCGCAUGGCUUCUCCAGCCCCAUGGGCUACACGGGCGGCAAUCCGACGUUUCCAACGGCGCCGAUUCCCUCGAACGUGCGGCGUUAA